AGAGACACGAGGAUGUUCUGCUGCUCUCGCGUCGCCUGAGACUCCAGCUCUGUCAUUCCUCCCUCAGCACUGAUAAAACACCACUUCUGUUGCCGCCGGACUCCAAGACACAAGUUCUGCUGAAUAUCUGGAGAUUAUGUUCAGUGGACUUUUAAAGGAGGAGCCCAUUCAUGAACACUCAGACUGCGGUGUGGAGCAGAUGAGAACAAAAUAGCCUACAUCUAACCCAAGCUGUUCUAGCGUGCUGAAGAUCGUGCUCUUUUAAACGGGACGGGGCUCUGAGAAAGAGAGAGAGAGAGAAAGAUCAUGGCUGGAUGUUGCAUGUCUGCGGAGGAGAAGGAACGGCAGAGGAUAAAUCAGGAGAUAGACAAACAACUGAGGAAAGACAAGAAAGACUCGCGGAGAGAACUCAAACUUCUGCUGCUAGGCACAGGUGAGAGUGGCAAGAGUACGUUCAUUAAACAGAUGAGAAUCAUUCAUGGUUCAGGUUAUACUGAUGAAGAUAAGAAGGGCUUCAUAAAGCUUGUCCACCAGAACACGAUCAGCGCCAUGCAGUCCAUGGUCAGAGCUAUGGAAAUGCUCAAGAUCGCUUAUGCCAACUCAGACAACCAGGCAAAUGCUACACUGGUGAAUGAUAUUGAGGUGGAUAAGAUCAUGAGUUUGGACGAGCCCCAAGUCAACGCCAUCCGGAGUCUAUGGAACGACACUGGGAUUCAGGAAUGCUACGACCGCCGCCGAGAGUACCAGCUAACUGACUCUGCCAAAUACUACCUGAGUGAUUUGGAUCGAAUUUCAGACGCUGCGUACGUUCCCACAGAGCAGGACAUUCUGAGAGUCCGGGUCCCCACCACAGGUAUCAUUGAGUACCCCUUCGACCUGGAGAAUGUCAUCUUCAGGAUGGUGGAUGUCGGGGGUCAGCGAUCCGAGCGCAGGAAGUGGAUCCACUGCUUUGAGAACGUCACCUCCAUCAUUUUCCUGGUGGCUCUGAGCGAGUACGACCAGGUCCUGGCUGAAUGUGACAAUGAGAAUCGUAUGGAGGAGAGUAAAGCCUUGUUUAAAACCAUCAUCACAUAUCCUUGGUUCCAGCAGUCGUCUGUGAUUCUCUUUCUUAACAAGACAGACAUCCUGAAGGAGAAGAUUGUGCACUCUCACCUGGCCACCUACUUCCCAGAAUUCACAGGCCCCAAAAACGAUCCAAAGUCAGCCCAGGAGUUUAUUCUUAAGAUGUACCAGGAGCAAAACGAAGACAAAGACAAAACCAUCUACUCUCACUUCACUUGUGCCACCGACACGGAGAACAUCCGCUUGAUCUUCGCCGCUGUGAAAGACACCAUCCUCAGACACAAUCUCAAAGAGUUCAACCUGGUUUAAAAUCAACAACCAGUCGUCAUCCUGGAGGACAAACCUGGUCCUGCUCUCUUCUGUUGAUCUGUUGAGUAGAUUUAGCUCUCACAUUAGCUUAACAUUGUUCUAUUGUUGACUAAGGACUUAUCUAGGAGAAUGGAUUAGAUGUGGACUGGGUUCCUGAAAACAAGCCUUGGUCUACCAUUACAAGGAUGAAGCUUUUUCCCAGUCGUGUUUAGGUCCUUUAAUAGAUGGAUAGGUUUCAUCGACAACAGAUGUUGCCAUUUUGUUCUUUAUGUGAGUAGUUUACAAAGGAUGCUAUAGGAGAUUUUAAGGCACAUGUAAAAAUGUUUUCCUGAUGUAAUAGAUCAAAGUCGUAAAGACUGAAGCGUUUAAAAGCAAGGUCGUUUACAUGUUUAUGUAAAAAUUCGUUCUGGAUUUUAAAAAUACAAACACACUCUGAUGUUUCCUUCUGUAGUUUUAACGCAAGCAUGAAUCAUGAUUAUUCAUUUGUAGAAACUAAAGGUAUGAAUUUAAUUCAUAUGUUUUUAUUUUAUUAUUAUUUCUCAAUGUAAACAUGACAUUUUAAACAUUUGUGGUGUUUUAGUGUCAACUUGUAUAUUGUAAAUUAUAUUUAUCGUCUUAAACAUGCAUAAAUCUUAAUUUCUCGCAGAAAAUUCAGUCACAAGGCAAAUUCAGAAAGUUUUCACGUUGAAUUCAGACUCAGAGUUGAAUUAUUUUACCUGAAGUGCCUUUAAACUGUAAUGUCUGUAUCUGCUUUGAUAAUAUUUAUUA